CGGAAACAGCUGAGAUUUUAAGAUGGCCCGUGUAAACUUCCUGAAUUAAUUCUGAAAACUACGAUCUAUAAAACAACCAUUCCUCUGUUCUCUUUAUAGAAUCUUCUAUAAGCAUCAUAUAAUUGAAAAGCACCAUAGUUAUUUACAACGCAAUAUUUUCCUACAAAAAUGCGAAAGCGACCUAUUGGCCAAAAGGUGGAUGACAACAACCCUCAAGAAGAAGAGACAGCCACCCAAGUCUGCACAUCAGCAUGUUUGUCACUGUGGGAUUCCUUCCUGAUGCUGGACCACCAGUUCACUACUCAUCUAGCUGUUUGUGCCACCAAGGAGUCUCCUCUAGGCAACCUGAGGCCAGUGAUGAAGAUUCUAGAAAUCAGCUGCCAUGGUGUCCCCUGGCUUCUUGGCACUCUUAUUUUAUUUUUCUUCUCCCACAAGCCCCAGGAUGUGGAGGUGUCAGUGAAUAUGUUUGCUGCACUUGUAUUUGAUAUCAUCAUAGUUGGGCUGCUAAAAAUGACGUUUAGAAGAGGACGUCCCAGCCUUAAUGUGAUGGACAUGUUUGCAGCGCCCUCUGUUGAUAAAUUCUCCUUCCCCUCUGGUCACGCGACCAGGGCGACAAUGAUGGGGAUCUUUCUGUGCCUUCACCUUUUCACCAACAGGUUCUACAUGCUGGUGACCUUUCUCUGGUCUAUAAGUGUGUGUGUUUCAAGAAUUCUACUGGGCAGGCACCACAUUUUUGAUGUGGUCUGUGGCUGCUUGGUUGGGAUGGUGUCCUACUGGAUCUUCUUGAAACUGUGGAUUUCGCAAGAGACUUGUCUUGUUUAUUUGGACACGUACUUUGGCCAUGUUCAUCUUUAACCAGAGUCUUUUUAUUUUUCACUGCCUUAUAAAAAAUUAAAAUUUGGUUAUCUCCUUUGUUGUACAACAAAUAAAGCUGCUCCAUUUAUCUCCCUUUGUCUGCAUUGAAUUACUAAUCAAAAUAGUUAUUGAUAAGACUUGUAGUAUUGUACCAGAAAAAUUGCAUUAACAAGUGUUUAUUUCAUUUUCUAUAAAAAAAAAAAUAACAUUAGUAUUUAUUUGUACUGUUUGUAUUUAUUCUUUUUUUUGUGUUAAAAAUAUUUGAUUUAAACUCUUUGUAUUAUGAAAAAAAUGUUUAAGUUAUUUUGCAGUAAAUAGAUAGUUACCACAGACUCUGUAUAAAGUAAAUAUUAGCCUGUAAACUCUAUUGGGGAUAAACAUCGUUUUUGUUUAUUGAUUUGUUUAAAUAAUAGUUAUUUCUUUUCGAUUAUAAGAAAAUUAACUUUACAGAAAAUGAAUUUUUUAUGUUUAUUUGAAUAACUUAGGCUUUGGUAGUUUAUAUAAUAUAAAUUUAAGAAUAUAUUACUUGUAUAAAUAACAUACAGAUUGUUAGCUUGUCACAAUGACAAAAUUUUGUCAACUUUUAUGUGGACAAAUGAGAAAAAUUUCAAUGAUUUUAUUUUUACCUGUUAAAAAAAUCUUUAAAUAAAAAUAUAAGUUACUUGUAGGGAUUUCUCUUACAAUUAGCAUUAUUUACAGUGGAAGUACCAAUCAAUAACAUCUUUUUUUAAGUAACUAGUAUCAGCAUAAUUAAUUUUAUCACUUGGUUGUGGAUUACCCCUGAUGUGGGAUGUAGAUAAGUUGUAUGUCGCUGUAAAAAUAUACUGCAUAGCUGAGUUAGAUUUUUUUAAUAACUACUAACAAGUUGAACAUGAAAAUUAAUGGUUGAUGAUGAAACUGUGAUACUAUACCAGUGAACAGUCUGAUGAUAUGUGAAAUGUUAUGUAUAUAUCCGUAUCAAUGAACAAUCCGGUACAUGUGGUUGGUUUAUAUGAUACAAGUUUAAAAUAAGACUAAAUUAAUAAUUCUUCCAGUUAACCUUGUUUACUUAAACAAUUAUGAAUAAAACAUUUUUGACUUUGAAAAAAAUUUUUGUUUAAAAUUUAAGUGGACCAUAUAUUAAUUUUUAUUUUACUUGUCAGGACCAAAUUUUUAAACCAUUACUCUCUCUUAUGGUUAGUUGCAUACUAAAGUAAAUAAUCUGAAAUUAAAUCCUGCCUGCAAUCGAUGUUCAAUAGCUUGACGACUAGUAACAGUUUUUCUAACCACAUAAUUUAUUGAUUGAUGGAUUUAUACUUCUGCAAAUACUCUAUUGCUUUGUGCGUCUUACACAUUGUGUCUUCAGCUAUGUAUAUAGAUAUAUAUAUAGUAAAUACAUAAAUGUAAUUGUAACAUUGCUUCAGUUUUUAUUUUGCUUUGAAAUUUUAUUUAUUUCUAAAAAAUCUUUUUCUAGUGUAAAAAUUUUAAACAGUUGAUUUGAUUGACUUGAAAAUUUUCAGAGAAAACUUCAUAUUGUCUAAAUUUUUCCUCGUGCUCAAUGGUGUCGAUGUGUGCUUUAGAUCAUGUGGCUUGUGAAUAGCAAACUUUGCAGGCAGCAUUGGUAAAAAUGUGUCCAAAAUAGAUCACUCCUCAGGUGCCUUUGACAUGAAUUAUUUCAUUUUUAAUUUUCCAGUCAUAGUUUUUUUAUUUUGCUAGAUUGAAUAUUUUGAGGUUUACUGUGUGUUCAGAGUGAUCUAACUUGUGUGCAGCUGUAGUGUUUUUAAUCUGCCUCAACUGUUGCUGAUUUGAGCAAAAAUUAACUGAAAUCCCCAGCCACAUCAUUGAUUGAUAAUGCUGUUCAUAUAAUUUGUCAUAAAUAUUUGAUUAAAAAUACAAGUUUGGUUGUUAUGAGAAGCAAUAUAUAGAACUGUGUAAACAAUUUUUUUUUGGUGUUGUACACACUUAAAAUUUAUGUCAUUAUAUUUAGUUGUUUUUUUUCUAGUUUGUAAAUUUAUUAAAAUGAAAUAAAUAAUUUAACACUAACUUAUUUACCACUUUAAACAAAAGUUUUAACUUCCUAAGUUCAUUACUAGGUAAUUGUUUUGCCACCCACCUUAUUGCAUUUUAUAUUAAAUAACCCAAGAAAAGGUUAAAUACUGGCAUUUGUCUGUUUAAACAUUGACUCCUUUUUUUAAAAAAAACUUUUUUUUGGUUAUGUUAACCCAUUAUUAGAAUAUAGCUUUGAUUCUAUUUCUUUAUAAGGUGGUUAUUUUUUGUGUAUUACUGUGUUUAAUAUAGUUUUUAUUAUUAAGAUGAUGUGAAGUACUGGCCGAUUAAAUGACGUUUUAGCCUUAGGCUUUAACUGAUCAUUGGCGUUUACAUAUUUUUAUUCAUCUGUUGGUUUACUUUUAAUUUUAUUUUUAAGAUUUUAUUUGUUAUAUGAACAUCCCAAAUGACGUUUGCUUAAGGCAGACUGAAAAGGGACUUCAAUUAAUUUGUGCCCCCUGUGCAGCUGACUACGCACACUCUCUUGCCACUCUAUACGCACGUAACAACAUUUCUGAUUUAACUUUAAGUUUGGCUAGCAUACAUAACUUUAAUCGUCUUGUGUGGAUAUAAAUAAUAUAGGUGGAUUUAAGCCAGAUAAUUUUUCUCAGAAAUUAUAAACAUGAUCACUGUUUUUGAUGUAGAAAUGCUAUGAAAACAGGUCUAGACAGUCAAAGAAUGUAAAAAUAUUCCAUGUCUUUUAGCAAUUUUUAUUCAUUUUUUAAAAAUGUCGUUGCUUAAACUUAUCAACAGGUUAAAUGUUAUGAAUGAUCAUUCUGUUUUACAUAUUUUAAAAAUAUGUUCGACAAAUUUUUUAUUUCUGAAGAAUCUUGUGAUCUACUUUGAUUUAGUCUUAAAUUCUGUAAGAUAAUCGCUCGGUUUAAAAAAAAAAGAGCAACAAAUUGAAGUUGCUGGCUAAGUGUCAUUUAAAGCAUUAAUUUGUUCCUGAGGGAAAUGAAAUGAAACAGCAGAAGAAGAUGCACAUUUAAAAGUGGAUUUGACAAGUGAUAUUUAUUUGUAAGGUAUCUUGUGAUCUGCGUAGAGUUAGUCUUUGAUUCUGUGAGGUUUUUGUUGACCAUGACAUGAUCACGCAUUACAAUUCUGCCAUUUUUCUCGAUAUUAAAAGACCCGGUUUUUAAUUUGUUUUUUGUCACAUUUUUCCUUUGUCGUUAGUGUUACUGUUCUUUACUUGUGCCAUCUAACACAUCCAUGUUUUUGUUUGUAAACUAUAGCACAUAAAAUUAGCUGACUUCAAAAUUAUUACAUGAUAUAAUAUGAAAGUCAAUUAAAGAUAGAACAGCAUCAGUUAAAGUCAGUGAUAGAUUUAUAAGCAACUGACUAAAAAUACGAAAAAGUUUU